UGUACCAGGUAGGUGGAAAUCGCUAUAGAGCUGGCUUUUAAUAUCGGAUAGCUUCUGUACAGAACCUCUGUAAUGUUUUAAGAGGGAAUUAAGUGAAUGUCAAAUGGAGUGUAAGGAAAGAGAAAGACUGGGUAACGGAACAUUACCGUGGCUGUAGUACACAGCUAAGGGAACUUCAUAUCACGUCCGACCUGGAACAAUUACUGUGCCUGUAUCUUUCAUUAGAUGAAAGGAAAUUAUUUAACAAGUGUAUUCAUGUGGUCUGUUUAUCUUACAGUAGUGCAAAUGUGUAUUUAUGGGAACAUAAUGUGAUAUUGGAAAAGCGACUUUAAUGUUUGCUCAGAAUUGUUGACGCACUUGAAAUUCAACGUCAAAAAAUUGUGUUGGAAUAGAAGUUUCUCAGAUAAAGUGAUCUGAAAUGAAGAAUUAUAGGUCCUUUCAGAAGGCUGUGUAAUUUUCUUCAUUCCUUCAGCUGUAUGUUUGUUUGUUUUCAUGUACUUGUUGACAAAGGUUGUCCCAAUUACUGGGUAUAAUACAGUCAUAUAUCAGUGAGCCGUAAAUUUCUUUAGAAGAAGUGGCCUCUCCAAAAAAAUUCACAGGCAACAUUUUUAUAUAUGUGUGGAGUUGAAUUUCUGGUGGUAUAGAAGAGAAGGAUUUUUGGAACUAUCUGAUACAUAUCGACAUGUGAAUUAUGUUACAUUUAGAAAUAAGAGGUUCGAACCCUCGGCCCAAUGUGCCGUCGCGGAUUGGAUACACGGUCACGGAGCGGUCCCUGAGUGUUACACCCACACCCCGACAACAUCGACUUCUGCCCGUCACACCAGGACGAGGCAUUCCGCAAGGGUCCCUCCAUGACCCCUACCCCUCUAUAGAAACCCAGCCUCCCCUCCCCACAGACUUCUUGGCCACUGUGACAGAGGCUCUCACAAGUUAUCAUGGUACCCCCUCCAGCAGUGGUCGGUCUACCCCUACAAUCACCGAGGCACAGAUCGUGCACACCGUACAGGUCGGGGAGUGGGGCACCGGAAACACGACGGAGCGCAGCAGCACGGGGUCCACCUCCACCGGCUACUCCUGGGACGAGUUUGACAAGCAAGCUGCCAAAACUGUACAAAACUUGUUUGAUGAGAUAGACUCUGUGCUGUUUGAACAGAGCGGCGGUGCCCCACCCUACAUACACAAGGAGUGCCAGGAAUGGGGAGCUCAGUUCCCACAUCUCAGAAUUCUGGGAAAUCAGCUUAUGAGUCCAAAUGACCAAGGGUUUCAGCUGAUAGAACGUGAGGGGUCGCGGCCAAUGACCGGAAGCCUGGGAUUGGUGGAUGUCACAGAAAAUGAAAUCGCAGCUACUCAAGAUAUUCAGGGAUUAUCAUUAUCAGGGAAAAGGGUUCAAGCUAGGAAGCCCCCUGUUGAGGCUCGAUCCAACAGGCAGGGCUCUGAUGCUCCAUUCACCGAGUUCACUCAUCUAGAGGAGGAAAUAUUUGAACAGGAGGGAGAUUACGAGGAGAUCAUAGCAAUCGAGUAUAAAGAUGUGUAUGAUGAAAGCUCAAAUGACAAGAAGCAAUUAACACCCAGAAGAAGAAGGGUUGGGUAUCCCCCAAUAACGCCCAAUGCCAGCAUCAAAGACAGUGUCAUCAGCUCAGCAUUUGAUGCUAUCUGGCAGGAGAUUGUAUCAUGGAUGCAGCCUCUCACCAGGAAAUACACAAUGAUGGUACUCGAUGAGAGAAAGCCUAUUCGAGUACCCAUUUUGGAUCAGAUCCGUGCCGAUCAUCCACUUCCUUCAUCCAGGGAACCUUCCUUCAGCUUCCUUAACAACAAGAUACAGAGGUCCAACACAACAAUAGGAGUGACUGGGCCACGAUUAGAAAAUGUUCUCCACAUAUCCACAAAAAAACUACAGAGUCGGGAAGCCACAUCACUUACUGACUCGGACCCAAUAAUUAACACAGCCCGCCCUGCCUCCAGUGCCAACCCCUCCCUCAAGAUGUCCAACCGGCCAAUCAGUGUUAAGCUGACUCAGCAGCGGAGCACCAGAAGCGGCCUCAUCAGACUCGCCCCCAUUGACAACAGAUCAAAAACCCCGAAUGUGCUUAUCCGAGAGACGAAACACAGAGAGGAUGAGAAGCCAGGGCCGAGUGGGGCUCUUAAGGUGACUCGUAUUACCCCUCACAGUGAGCGCCUCUCCUCCCCACCCACACAUCACCAAAGAAAUGGGACCUUACCCCCUCUGGGCUCUGAACGGGACGUAGUCCCCAGUCCUAGCCAGGGACGAGCACAGAAAAAAGUGUAUAGUGCAAAUCGUGCAAGUAGUGCUGUAGAUAAAGAUAUCCGAAGCUUUAGAGAUAGGUACACUAUGUCGUCUGAUGCCAGGCCAAGUACAACUCAUGCAAUGCGGUCUGAUACCCCUUUGGGAGGGACCAGUUCUAGAAGGGCCUCCACCCCUUUGGUGCCCCAGAGGAACUCACAAAUGAUAGGACCCUCCAUACUGGGGAUUACUGGCAGUGGUUUACAGCCGUCAUCAGAAUUGAGCAAUUUCCCACCUGACAUCAUGGAGGAUGCUGAGGUCAACCAGGACUACCACAACCAAUGGACACCUUCUCCUCCUAGUCAACAUAAUCCCUACAGACGGUAUCGAAGUUCUUUGGUGAGAUCCUAACCUCAGGUCUUAACCCUGCCCAAACAAGUGCCAAAUCUAAACCUGACAGUGGAGACAGUCCCCUCAAUGCGGACUCCUCCCGACACCCCAUCGGGAGAAUCCGGUCCAAUCGAUCACGUCUGUGUAUACGGAGCAUAGCUGGACAGCGUAGACCCAUGGAGAGACCUUCAGGAUCAGCUCUAGUUUUGCCGAUUACCUGGCUUGUUAUUAAGUGUUGUGACAAUAUUAUGACUUGUAAACAAGCAUGGUGCAGAAUCUCAAACCCAGGAAAAGUCGGACUGUAGCAUUGGUUGGAAAGGGAAAUAACUCACUGAUCUACUCCACAAGAUCUCCGUUGUUAUACUGUUUUCUGUGAUAACAUGUAUAUAUGUGUGACUGACCUUAUGAAAUCCUUGUAUAUAAAUAUAUGUAUAUAGAACCACUCCCCAUAUUGCUUCUAGAUAUUUUUUAAUCAGGCAGCUAUGAGUCUGAUACAGAACUUAUAUUAAGACAACACGCCUCUACCUCCAUUCCUAAGUUUAGAAGCAUUCCUUAUUUCACAGAUCUAAUGUAUAAUCUAUGUGAUUCUCAUUUUUGUUCAGUUACAACAGAUAUGAUCAUUUGUAGAUGUUUCUUCAACUACAUGCAUUGUUACUCGUUGUUCUCCUUUUUGCAUUGGAAAAAAAAUUAUCACUCUACAAAAAAUGGCAUUUAUACAGUACUGUAAUUUUUGGCAUGGAAUCGGGUUUAUGAUUUACUGUUAUGUAUGUACAUUUGCUGUGUUUUUGCCAAAAUAUAACGGUCACACAUAAAAAUUCAUGCAUUACCAGUAUUCUCCCUAUUGAAUAUUGAUAUAAUUUGUUCUGUCUUUAAUUAUUUUGAUGUUCAAGAACUGGUUUAGUUUAUUUUUUUUUACAACCCCAAGCUGAGAAUGAUGAUUUGACAGUAGUUGGGAUUUUAUUUUGUAAAACUGUUACUCUGCAUGCUGCCAUGAAAUCAAGACGCCAUAUCAUAAUUUUGAACUCAGGGUCUUUGUAAAUCGGACAAGCAAUCACUUACAAAUAAUACACAAAGCUUUGUCAAUUAAUUGGAGAGGGAAUCUAAGUUUAUGCAUUAUCUAAUUUAGAAGAAAUAAAAAGGGUUAAAUCAGAAUUAAAGAAUAUACACAGAAAGCUUGAUGGUUGUAAUAGGAAAUCAGUUGAUUGAAAUAUAGAAAGACCAUGGGAAACUAAAAAAGGUUUGAAUGAUUUUUUGUUUUGUUUUAAACUGAAAUGUUUUAUAAAUGCUUAUUCUGUAUUUUUAACAUUUUUACAAUUGGUAAAUGUCAAAACCUCAUAUUUUUUAAGCAGUCUGUAUGAUAGAGAAGUAUGUGAGAAACUUCUUGUUGUUUAUUUGUUGUUUGUAUGUGCUGUUUUUUCAUGAAACAUACUAAUGCCAAUAUAUUAAUUGUAGCUAUGUGCAAUAUGUGAUCUGCUACCAAUAGCUGUAAAUAAAUAGGUCUAAAAGGUGGAA